CCGUAACUCCCUCCCUGCCCACCCUUAGCACAUGGGUGCCCCCCAUCUCCGCGCCCUCCCCGCCUCCCGCAACCCCCGCGCCGAGGAAGCGGAGCCGGAGGCAGUGCUGAGCCGGAUAUGCAGCGACUCCCCGCAUCCCUCCUUGGUAGAGCGCGGUGACGCUGAGGCAGCCACCACGGAGAGGACACAGGACCCCCCCCUGGGCCCGCCGUGCCCCUUUGAGGGGGUCGCCUGGACCCCAAGGCCCCCGCAGGGCCCUCCGCAGGGCUGCUUUGCCUGCAUUGCCAAGCCCCCAGCCCUCCGGCAAGCCUCGCCCGUCCUGUCCCCUUCCUCUGCCGUUUACCUCAUGGAGAGCAAGAGCUGCAAAGGGGACAGCCUGCGGCCAGCGGUCCCAUGCAAGCACUCUGUGGAGAAGAAGACGAUGACCAACCCCACCACCGUCAUUGAAAUCUACCCUGACACCACCGAGGUGAAUGACUACUAUCUCUGGUCCAUCUUCAACUUCGUAUACCUCAACUUCUGCUGCCUCGGCUUCAUCGCCUUGGCCUAUUCCCUGAAAGUCCGGGAUAAGAAACUCCUCAAUGACUUAAAUGGAGCAGUUGAAGAUGCGAAGACAGCCCGGCUUUUUAACAUCACCAGCUCGGCCCUUGCCACCUUCUGUAUCAUCCUUAUCUUCAUCUUCCUGCGAUACCCCCUCACUGACUACUAGAGCGAGGCCAACAUCAGUGGCCACCGCCAAAAUGCCUCUAUGCCAGAAGUGUCUGCAGUUGUUUCUUGUAGCAAGGACGCAAAAAAACCCACCAACCCACAAACCAACCAACCACUCCACCUUGACUGCAAAAAGAAAAAACAAAAAAGCAACCAAUUAAAUACAUAAGUAAAAAUUAAAUGAGUAUAUCAGCCCAGCUGAGCAUACCCUUCCUGCCCACGAACAGAAUGUGAACUGCUGUAGGAAAGGGUCUGACUCUUACACAUGUACAGGGAGAAAAACAGACUGAGAAAUAUUUAUUUUAUGGCCAACAAGCUGUGUGACAAGAGUGUGCAAAGCCCAGAGUGAUGCAUGGCUGGCAGCCAAGAGCUGAGCUCUGGGGAGCAGAGGGGUCCUGCCAAGCAGGAGGCAUGGGUAGGGAUGGAUGGGGGCCACAGCAGGGCCAACUCACAACAUAUCAGGUGUGUUCAGAACCCCCCACCCCACCCCCCUGACGUGCAACAGGUUUUUUUCCUUUUCUUCUCUUGGAUUUCAUUCAUUGAUUCAAAGUCCCAACCCCUGGAGAGCUGAGGGGGUUAGGUAAUUCAUGCUUGGGAGCCCCAAAGCCUCCAGAGGAACUCCAAAAUGUUAAAGGGCAGGUUUGUCCUUGGGAUCUCCCGGCAGUGCUGAGAAGGAAAGCACCUUCUGGAGAAGUCGCCUAAGACCCCUAAACCGAGUGCUACUGUAUUUCUGUAAAUGGUCAAUAAAAGAUACCUCUGAAA